GGACAAACAGAGCACUUCCUGCUUAAUUUCCACACAAAUGCUUUGUUUCUUUGCUCUUCAACUUCAACGUCUGUUUUCCUUUGCUUUUCUUCAUUAGCUUUUCGUCCCUUUGCAGUCUAACCCUUCGCGAAAAGUGAAAAAUCAUGGAUGCAGCAGCUGUUGGAGGAGCAUUUCUUUCUGCUUUUCUUCAGGUCCUUUUUGACAGGGUGGCUUCUCCUCAGGUUGUUGGUUUGUUCCAGACCCGAAGACCUAAGGAUAGACUGCUCAAGAAGUUGAAGACUACUUUGGUAUCUGUCAAUGGACUACUCGAUGAUGCUGAGGAGAAGCAGAUCAUCAGGCUAGCUGUGAAACGCUGGCUCGAUGAGCUUAAAGUUGCUGUCUAUGAAGCCGAUGACUUAUUGGAUGAGAUUGCUUAUGAAGCUCUUCGAUCGGAGUUGGAAGCUGAAUCGCAAACAGGCAUAGAUCAGGUGCGGAAGUUUUUCACUUCUGUUUCUCCAUUUAAAAAUGAGAUAGAAGGAAAGUUAGAAGAGAUCCUUGAGAGAUUUGAUCAUUUAGUAAAACAAAAGGAUGUUCUUGGUUUGAGUCUGAGGGAGGGUUUUGGAGAACACCCAUCAUCACAGAAAAUACCCACAACGUCUCUUGUAGAUGAAUCUGCUAUUUUAGGCAGGGAUGAUGAUAAGGAGACCAUAAUAAAGUUGUUAUUGGAUGAUGGCAAUAGGAAUGAGCUGGAUGUGAUUCCCAUAGUGGGUAUGGGUGGGGUUGGUAAAACUACCCUUGCACAGCUUAUCUACAAUGACAAUAGGGUGCAAGAUUGGUUUGAUCUCAAAAUAUGGGUUUGUGUUUCUGAAGAAUUCGAUGUGUUUAGGCUAACAAGAGAUAUUUUAAAAGAGACGGGUGAUUUCAGAACUCUAGAUGAGCUUCAAGUUGUGCUUAAGGAGAAAUUGAUGGGCAAAAAAUUUUUGCUUGUUUUGGAUGAUGUAUGGAGUGAAAGCUAUGAUGAUUGGGACAUCUUGCAAAGACCUUUAAAGUAUGGGGCAAAAGGAAGUAAAAUUGUUGUUACAACAAGAAAUGAAAGUGUAGCCUUGAUUAUGCGAACUGUUCCAAGUCAUUACCUAAAGGAAUUAUCUCAUGAUGAUUGUUGGCUCCUGUUUGUAAGACAUGCAUUUGAAAAUGGGAAUUCUGAUGCGUAUCCAGAUUUAGAAGUUAUUGGUAAGAAAAUAGCAAAAAAAUGUGAUGGUCUACCCUUAGCUGCAAAAGUACUUGGGGGUCUCAUGCGCAGCAAAAAGAAGGACGUUAACGAAUGGGACGCUGUAUUGCAAAGCAACAUGUGGGAUUUGGCAAGUCAAAACAUUCUUCCAACAUUAAGACUUAGCUACUAUCAUCUCCCAUCUCAUUCAAAACAGUGUUUUGCGUACUGUGCAAUAUAUCCCAAGGAUUAUGAAUUUGACAAGGAUGAUUUGGUUCUUCGUUGGAAGGCAGAAGGACUUUUAGUCCAACCAAGUAAUAUGGAUAUGGAAGAAAUAGAUGACUCCUGCUUUCAUGAUCUUGUAGCAAGGUCAUUUUUUCAACCCUCAAAAACCAAUGAAAGUGGCUUCAUGAUGCAUGACCUUAUUCAUGAUUUGGCUAAAUUUGUAUCUGGAGAGUUUUGCUUAAGAUUAGAAGGUGAUGAUUUAUGCAAAAUAUCUAGAACAAUGCGAUAUCUAUCCUAUGGAGGUGUAAAAUAUGAAAUUUUGAAUAAAAUUCUGGAAAUCUCUACAGGUCAACAUUUGCGCACUUUCACAACUUAUCAGCCACUGAAUCAGUCAAGAUGCCAAUGGGCUAGACGAAUGGAUGAUGACAUAAAACUUGGUUUGUUGUCAAAAUUCAAGCGUCUAAGGGUAUUGUCUCUGUCAGAUAAUGAUUAUAUAGUUGAAUUAUCUGAUGUGAUCAGCAAUUGGAAGCAUCUACGUUAUUUGAACUUAUCAGGGGCAGCCAUAAAAAGGUUACCUGAAAUUGUCUCUACUUUGUACAAUCUGCAAAUUGUAAUAUUAUAUAGGUGUAGACGUUUAAUUGAGUUGCCAACCCACAUAGCAAGGUUAAUCAAUCUGUGCCAUCUUGAUAUUAGAGAUACAGGAUUACAAGAAAUGCCAUCACAAAUGGGUAGGCUAACGAAGCUCCAAAGUUUAAGUGAUUUCUUUAUAGGAGAGAGGAAUGGAUCUAGUCUUAAAGAAUUGGGGAAACUUCAAUAUCUACAAGGGGAACUUUCUAUUCACAAUCUUCAAAAUGUUGUAGAUGUUGAAGAUGCUUCAGAAUCCAACUUGAAGGGUAAAAGGCACCUUAGGAAGUUGGAGUUGCUAUGGAAUGGUGAUCCUGAUGACUCACAGCGUGAAAGAAGCGUACUUGAGCAAUUACAGCCUCAUACAAAGGUGGAAUGUCUUUUCAUUAAGGGAUAUGGUGGUACGAAAUUUCCAGAUUGGUUAGGAGAUUCUUCUUUCUCAACUUUAGUAAAAUUGAAGCUUUAUGGGUGUAGAUAUUGCUCCUCCUUACCACCGCUUGGGCAGUUAGCAUCUCUAAAAGAGCUUGAUAUGUUAUCAUUUUAUGGAGUCCCUGCUGUGGGUCCUGAGUUCUAUGGAAAUUGUACAUCCAAUGAGAAGCCAUUUCGAUCCCUUGAAAUUUUAAGUUUUGCAGAUUUCCCAGAGUGGUAUGAAUUGAUUCCUUGUGUGGGAGCUUUCUCUUGUCUCCAGGAGCUUCACAUAUUCAAUUGUCCAUUUUUGACAAAAGCCUUGCCAACGCACCUUCCUUCUUUAACAAAGCUUCAGAUUGAUGGAUGUCAGCAGCUAGUGGUUUCAUUUCCACCCACUCCAUCCAUUGUUGAUAUGGUAAUAGAAGAUGAUUCUCGUGAUGUGAGACUUGAGAAAUUGGCUUCUGGACUCUAUGGUCUUAGAGUCAGUGGUUCUAUCUCUCUAGAUUUGGUACUAGAGUGGUUGGAGCAAAUGCAUGUUUUUCCUGCUACUUUAGAAGCAAUUCAGAUCUCCAACUGCGAUUCGCUUAGGUGCUUUUCGUUAGAAUUGUUCCCGGAGUUAAAGCGUCUUGUCAUUUUUCAUUGUCUAAAUCUGGAAUGGCUAUAUGCAUCUCAAGGAGAUUUCCUGCAGUUGGAAACAAAUAGAUUCUCCUCCAAACUAGAAUUGCUUCAACUUGAUUGUUCCAACAAACUCUAUUGUCACUUGCAAUGGAUUUUGCAAACUCUACCAUCUCUUUCACAGCUCUCUAUCCAUUCAGACCACAAUGCAGAAUCUUUCCCUGAGAUUACAUUGUUGCCUUCCUCUCUAACCUCCCUUGAAAUCCACGAUUUUCAGAAUUUGAAAUCUCUGGACCGAGGGGGCCUUCAACACCUCAAGUCUCUUAAACAACUUACAAUCUCGGGAUGUCCUAUGCUCUCUUCAAUUCCAGAUGAGGGCCUGGCCUCCUCCAUUUCAUUGUUGUGCAUCAUGGAAUGUCCUUUGCUUGGAGAAAGGUGUCAACAGGGGACAGGUGAAGACUGGUCCAAAAUUUCUCACAUCCCUCAUAUAGAGAUUAAUUGGGAGAAGAUAAAUUGAGCUAGAAGACUUGGAUUUGUUUCUCAAAUUCCCUGAAAAUUGGAAUCUAAGAAAGACAUGGUUGAUCUUUUUCUCUAUGCAUUUGAGGCUUCUAUUUUGACCUUUUUUUCUCUUAAACUAAUUCAGUUCUGGUUGUCAAUAGAACUGGAAUGCUGGCCUCAGGUAAAUUUAUUCUGACUUUUGCGUUUGUAUCCAGUCAAGCAGUCCAUACCAGAUACUGUUAUUGACUCUUGGCUCUAUUACCAUGCUUGUGUCUAAUUGUUUUCUUUCAACAACCAUGAGAACGGGUGACUUUUAAAUCCAAAACUGGACACAGCAGUAGUUCAAAGAUUGACAGCACAGGCUCCACCAAAGAUGUUGCAACAUUGAGUAUUAGAUCUCUCUACAGAUGCAUGUACAAAGCAAUUUAGUAUUUCUAUACAUUAACAAAAUAUGUGAGCAAGAUAUUUAAGGAGCCAUCCUAGAUUAAUUGAUCAACACGAAUGAGGAAGCAUUUGGUAACC